UUUGUAUCAACACAUCUACUCAAAAUUCCUUUCCCUCUAUUUUCAUCCAUGACAAGCAAUCCCAUCAUUCAUUCCUCACACAACAUAAAUAUACAUCGCCUCCAACAAAAACAAUCACCCAUCUCUGCAUAUCAAAAUUUUUACCAAUGGCCAAUUUCCCAUAUUAUUUUCUGAUUCUUUCCAUGAUACUACAAUCUUCCUCGCACUUUCUCUCACAUGGAUUAGUAUUCGAUCAAAACCAAACCCUCGAAACCCUCAUGGUUGGUGCUUGCGACAAGAUCAACAACCAAGACUCAUGCCUGUCGAGCCUCCAAUCCCACGUGGACGGCCGCGGCAGCCCCGCCGUCUCCGUCCUCAGAGCCGCCCUGCGGAACUCCAUCGACAAGGCGCGGUCGGCCAUUGACAAGAUCACGGCGUUCAACACCCUCUCCAUAACCUACCGCGAGCAGCUGGCCGUGGAGGACUGCAAGGAGCUCCUCGACUUCUCGGUGUCGGAGCUGGCGUGGUCCUUGUCGGAGAUGAACGCCAUCCACGCCGGCCACAAAACCCCUCACUCCGACGGGAACCUCAAGGCCUGGCUGAGCGCCGCCCUCAGCAACCAGGACACCUGCCUCGAAGGCUUCGAGGGCACCGACCGCCGCCUCCAACGCUUCGUGCGCGGCAGCCUCGCGCAGGUGACGCAGCUCAUCGGCAAUGUGCUCACUCUCUACACGCAGAUGCACGGCCUGCCGUUCAAACCGCCGCCGGAGAAGAAUGCAACUGAUCAUUUAUUACCAAGGCCAGGUUUCCCCGAAUGGAUGACCGACGGCGAUAAGGACCUCCUCGUCUCCGGCCCAGCCGGGAUGCACGUCGAUUCCGUCGUGGCGUUGGACGGCACCGGCCAGUACCGGUCCAUCGGCCAGGCGAUUUUGGAGGCCCCGGAUCAUAGCAACCGUAGGUAUGUGAUCUACGUGAAAAAAGGGGUUUACCGUGAGAAUAUCGACAUGAAGAAGAAGAAGACUAAUAUUAUGCUUGUCGGAGAUGGUAUCGGCCAGACUGUCAUCACCGGCGGCCGCAACUUCAUGCAGGGAUGGACUACGUUUCGGACGGCCACCGUUGCGGUAUCGGGGAAGGGAUUCAUCGCAAGGGACAUGACAUUCCGCAACACGGCGGGGCCAGAGAACCACCAAGGAGUGGCCCUGCGCGUGGACUCGGACCAAUCGGCCUUCUUCCGGUGCAGCAUGGAGGGGUAUCAAGACACCCUCUACGCCCACUCACUCCGGCAGUUCUACCGGGAGUGCAGCAUCUCGGGCACCAUCGACUUCAUCUUCGGGAACGGGGCGGCCGUGCUGCAGAAGUGCAAGAUCUUCACGAGGGAGCCGCUGCCGCUGCAGAAGGUGACGAUCACGGCGCAGGGGAGGAAGGACCCGCACCAGAGCACGGGGUUCACCAUCCAGGACAGCUACGUGUACGCGACGCGCCCCACCUAUCUGGGCCGGCCGUGGAAGCAGUAUUCGCGGACUGUGUACAUCAACACCUACAUGAGCUCGAUGGUGCAGCCCAGGGGCUGGCUCGAGUGGUAUGGGGAUUUCGCCUUGUCCACUCUCUGGUACGGUGAGUACCGGAAUUACGGACCCGGGGCGGCGCUUUCAGGCCGGGUGCGGUGGCCGGGGUACCAUAUAAUAAGGGAUGCGGCCACCGCCGCUUUCUUUACGGUCGGUCGGUUUCUUGAUGGGAUGGCGUGGUUGCCUGCUACCGGCGUCAAAUUUUCGUCCGGCUUAUCCAAUUAGUAAUGCCGUCGCUAUUAAUUGUAAUGAUUCUACGUAAAUAAUGUGUAGAUGCAAUGCAAAUUGCCUAGCAAAUUCUUUUUCCAUGAUUGUUAAAUACAUAUUUUAAGUCAUGUAAUAUUAGUUAAAAUUUCGUCCCA